UUCCCUCUUCACAACUACCAAGAGGAAGAGAGCCGUGAUGGCCACCCUCCGCUCGUCCACCGCCGGUGUCCGCGCAUCCGCCGCGUCCUCCCCAGCCGCCUCGGUCCCCGUAUACUCCUCCAUCCUCCGCCUUCCCUCCGCCCACCGCCUCCGCCUCCCCUCCCUCAAGCUCUCCCGGAGCCGCCCCCACCGAGGGGCAGCCGGCGCCGCCAUGAUGGACACGGCCGCGUCGAGCUACGCAAACGCCCUCGCGGAAGUGUCGAAGUCUAACGGCACCCUGGAGGCGACGGUGGCCGACAUGGAGAAGGUGGACCGCCUCUUCGCGGACCCGGCGGUGCAGUCCUUCUACGCCAACCCCACGGUGGCGUCGGAGAAGAAGCGGGAGAUCUUGGCGGAGAUCUCCGGGUCCUCCGAGCUGCAGCCGCACACCGUCAACUUCCUCAACAUCCUCGUGGACAUGAGCCGGAUCGACAUCAUCGCCGAGAUCGUGAAGGAAUUCGACGCGUGCUACAACCACAUCACGGGGACGGAGCUCGCGGUGGUGACGUCGGUGGUGGACAUGGGGGAGGAUGACGUCGCCCAGAUCGCGCAGACGGUGAAGAGGCUCACCGGGGCGAAGAAGGUGAGGAUCAAGGCGGUGCUCGACCCCUCGCUCAUCGCCGGGUUCACCAUCCGGUACGGAUCGUCGGGGUCCAAGUUCAUCGACAUGAGCGUCGAGAAGCAGCUCGACGAGAUCGCCUCGCAGCUCGACUUCUCCUCCAUCACCCUCGCCUGAUCCAACUGCGCAUCUUCUUCUACCUUUCUUCUUCUUCUUCUCACUUUAAUCGGGCUGCAUUCCAGCUGUGAUUCUGAUGAAUGUAGCGUUCAUAGAAUGGAGGACGAGUAUGUGUUCUUCACCAUUGUGUUGUGCCUCGCAAAUGGCCAGCAUAACAUAUUAUGACAACUGUGUUUUGAUGCUGUUUUCAUAGUCGAA